GUCCCUCCCCGGAAGCGGCGCUGCGCAGAUUCAUGGCGGCACUGGGGAGGCGGUGGUCCGCACGGGUGUUCCUCCCACUGCGGCCCCUGCACGACGCGGCUCCGCCUCGGGACGUCCUGCUCUUCCAGCAUGAACGGGGCCGCUUCUUCGCCGUCCUCGGGCUGUUCUGCGCCGGCCAGGGCGUCUUCUGGGCCUCCCUGGCCGUGGCAGCCUUGGCCCGAACCCCAGCCCGCGCGCUGCCUCCAGACGCGGAGCCCGCAGACCGCGGCCGCCUGGACCUGCGCUCCGCUCUCUGGCGCUAUGGCCUGGCCAUCGGCUGCGGUGCCAUCGGUACCCUGGUACUCGGCGCUGGUCUUCUCUUCUCCCUCCGUUCUGUGCGUUCAGUGAUGCUGCGGGCUGGAGGAAAGCAGGUGACCCUCACCACUCAUGCCCCCUUUGGCUUGGGUGCUCACUUCACCGUCCCUUUGAACCAGGUAUCCUGCAUGGCCCACCGUGGUGAAGUCCCUGCUAUGCUGCCUCUGAAGAUCAAAGGCCGGCGCUUCUACUUCCUCUUAGACAAAGCUGGACACUUCCCCAACACAAAACUCUUUGACAAUACUGUGGGUGCCUACCGCAGCUUGUGAAGAAACCAUUGUGGGUCGCUCACCCCUCCCAGAGGGGACUAAAAACUGAACCUUAGAGAUAGGGUGACAAUCAGGGUCACGACACAAGGGCACCCAAGGUUCAUGAACAGCAAAUAAAAGAGGAGUCAUCAAAAGGGCAACUGACAGA